AUGGAUGCUGCUCCAUCAUUCUUACUCGUAGUUGAAGCAUUUCGUUUUUAAGUUGAGAUCACAAAUUUCAUUUUCUUUCCAAAUUCAAGAUGAGUUACUUGGAUUUUAUCUUCGGCCUUCUGGGCAAUCUCGUCUCCUUUAUGGUUUUCCUUGCACCAGUACCAACAUUUAUUCAGAUAUACAAGAAAAAAUCAACGGAAGGAUUCCAAUCUGUACCAUAUGUAGUGGGGCUGUUCAGCGCGAUGCUGUGGAUAUACUAUGCUCUGCUCAAGACCGAUACUACCCUUCUCAUCACCAUCAAUUCCGUUGGCUGUUUCGUUCAGACAGCUUACAUUUGUUUCUAUCUCUAUUAUGCCCCCAAACGUGCUAGGCUGCAAACUGGGAUGCUCAUUCUUCUUCUAAACAUCCUUGGCAUGACCCUAAUUGUUGCGCUCACUUAUUUUCUCGCAAACGGCUCCACACGUGCCAACAUUGUUGGGUGGAUCUGCCUCGUUUUCUCCUUGUGUGUCUUCGUCGCCCCUUUAUUUAUCGUGAGACAAGUGAUACGAACCAAGAGCGUGGAAUACAUGCCGUUUCUUCUCUCAUUUUUCCUCACCAUAAGCGCUGUCAUGUGGUUCUUCUACGGCUUACUGCGCAAGGACUACAACAUUGCUAUUCCAAAUGUGCUGGGAUUCAGCUUCGGAGUGAUUCAAAUGGUGCUCUACGUGAUAUACAAGGGUGCGAAAAAGGCGGUAGCAGAGAAGCUUCCUGAGAUACAAGUGGAUGGCCAAAAGAGAGACCAAAUCAUCGACGUUGUCACUCUCAGUGCACUGGUUUGCCCUGAAAUUGUUCCGGCUCUUCCCCACCUCGUCCGCGGAGACAAUUUCGACCUCAAAAAUGACAUCCUCAUCACUACUUCUACCUGAAAAUUUAAUCCAUUCUAUUUACAACUAAUUAACUUAAAUUCAAUUAUAUAAAGUAGUUUCAUUUGCUGUUGCCCCUAAUGGCUUGUGUACGGUUUAGUUUAGACUACUUUCAAGGCCAGUUUAAGUGUAUCAUUUUCAGUUCAGUUCAAGUGUAACAUAUAUAUAUGUGUGUGAUUAAUAGUGUUGUUAUGUAAUA